AUGUCUCAUCCAGUCAUAUCAGAAUUCGAUAUUAUUUUUACUGGAGGCGGUACCACAGCUUGUGUUGUCGCAGGCCGCCUGGCUGCAUGGGACCCCUCGCUUAGUAUCUUAAUUCUCGAAGGGGGCCAACACACGCUUAAUCAAGCUGCGCAUGUGCAGCCUUACCGAUUUGCAAGCCACCAUGCGCCUACAAGUACCACCAUGACAUUCAACGUUGGAAAUCCAAGUCCACGUCUCAACGGUCGUGCUCCGAUCGUUCGGUCCGCCCAUUGCAUUGGUGGAGGGUCAAGUGUGAAUACUAUGGUUUACACUCGUGCGCCUGCGUCAGAUUUUGAUGACUGGGGAGUCGAUGGGUGGGAAUCUAAGAACUUGAUUCCCCUCAUGAAGAAGCUGGAGUCAUAUGAGGUGCUGCCCGAUCGCCCAACCCACGGGUACGGUGGACCUAUCAAAGUGUCCUAUGGUGGAUGCAAACUACAUGCCAGCGAAGAGUUUAUCCGUGUUGGCACGACGUAUCACAAGAGGAAAUAUGUCGAAGACACUGAUGAUUUAGAAACAUGUAACACAUACAGCUCAUGGGCGAAGUAUAUUGACGGGACAACCGGAAGGCGUUCUGAUGCAGCCCACCACUAUGUCUACAACCAAGCUCACAAUGCAAAUUUGCAGAUAUGGGUCGGCAAGCGCGUGAAGCGCGUGAUCUUCCAAGAUAAGCGCGCCGUGGGUGUCGAGUUCACCAGCGAUCCAGUGUCUUGCCCAGACGCAGGCCAGUCAUCAAGCAUCGUAAGAGCAUCAAAGCUUGUUGUUGUCUCUGCUGGGGCGUUCGGCUCGCCGGCCAUUCUCGAGAGGUCUGGCAUCGGUGCCGAAGCGAUUCUCAGGCGGUGCGAUAUCCAGCAAUUGGUGAACUUGCCUGGCGUCGGAGAAAAUUAUUGCGGGUUAAGAGAUCACAACUUCGUUUCUGUUCCAUACUUUGCUGCUGACGGAGCUAUUACUAUGGACCCCCUCUGGCGUGGGGAGGAGAAUGUUGUCCAGGAACACCUGGCGCAAUGGAAAAUUAAUGGCAAGUCACUUAUUGCCCAAAAUGGAAGCGAUGCAAAAAUCAAAUGGCGUCCUGACGACGACGAGCUGAAAGCCAUGGGUUCAGCCUUUCAACCACGAUGGAAGGAGUUCUUCCAGGACCGCCCAGACAAGGCUGUUGCAAUAUUUGCUCUUUCUGAAGGACACCCUGGGGCACUCCGGAUGGGCCUUCCUCCUCGCAAUUACUUGGCUGCUUUCUAUUUCACAUUGUACCCCGCGUCCGCCGGCAGUGUUCAUAUCAAAUUGGACGAUAACGGCCAGGAAGGAAUUGACUUCAAUACAGGCUUCCUGGAUGAUCCAUCCGAUAUUGUACCUCUUAACUUUGGGUACAAAAAGAUGCGCGAAAUUUUUCGACGCAUGCCUUCAUACAGAGGUGAAGUCCCCGCCGGCCAUCCUUGUUUCCCAGAGGGAAGUGCAGCAGUCUGCAGAGAAACGACCGGUCCGGUGGACUUGAAUGCGCCUGACUUAGUCUACACAGCAGAAGAUGACGAGGCGAUCGAUCGAUACAAUCGUGACUGUGUGUCAACGACAUGGCAUUCGCUCGGAACUUGCGCCAUGAAGCCGAGGGCAGAUCAAGGGGUUGUUGAUACUCGGCUAAACGUCUACGGCGUGACAAACCUCAAGGUUGCGGACAUGUCUAUUGCGCCGAAAAAUAUUGGCACAAACACAUAUUCUACAGCACUUCUCAUUGGAGAGAAGGCUGCGAUGAUCAUUGCUGAUGAGCUGGGUAUUGGAUGUAGACCAUACAAUGAAUCGUCGCGGAAAAGUCCUGGAUCACGUCUGUGA